AUGAAAUCUUUGAGUAGUGUAGGACUUGGUCUUAGCAUUAUUUUUGGUUGUCUUUUAUUGGCUUUAGUAGCUGAAGUUUACUACUUGCUAUGGUGGAAGAAAAAGAUAAUUCAUAGAGAGAUUGAAAAUGACUAUGGAAAUGGAAACCCUUUGAAAGAGAUUUUCUAUAUGUUUUGUUGGAAAAGGCCAUCAUCCUCAAGUUCUAUGAGACACACAGGUUUUACUCCACCAGAGCUUUGUUCUUCAAUGAGAACAAAUGACAAUUUUGUCCAUGACCCUCAAGUACAGACUAGCAAAGAGUUUCUAUUCAAGCCCUACGGUGAAGAUUCCGUCGAAGCUGAAUACAUGAUGCAACAUCAUCUUCACGACGACGGUGUUUUAGGUCAUCCGAGAAUUUUGUUCACAAUAGUUGAAGAAUCUAAAGAGGAUUUGGAAUCGGAAGAUAGUAAAUCUAGAUGUGAAAACAAAAGUGGAAAGGAUUCAAGAAGCUUAGGGGAUUUGUUAGAUGUGGAAACACCAUAUUUGACACCUAUUUCAUCUCCACAUUUUUUCACACCUACUUUCACUCCUAACAUCAAUAUUAGUCCCUAUAAUCAACACGGAUUCAACCCUCUUUUCGAAUCAACAACCGAUGCAGAGUUCAAUCGAUUAAAGUCAUCACCUCCUCCGAAAUUCAAGUUCUUACAAGAAGCCGAAGAGAAGCUUCGAAGAAAAAUGCAAGAUAACAACAACAACAACAGCAACAACAAGGGUUUUAACGGAAAUGAAGUUGAUGAUUCUCUCGUUACAAUCGUUGUUGACAAGAGUUAUGAAAGAGAGGUUAAUCAUAAUCAUCAUUCUUAUCAACAACAGUACCAUUCAAGCACAUCACAGGUACUUCCCUUAGCCUCUUGA